AUGAAGGUAACUGUGCAGAAUAGAAGAGGCAAGGAGCUCGCCGUUAUCACGGUAUCCGGGGAUGCCGCGACGGUGGCUGAGUUGAAGCAGGGAAUUGAGAGUGCUAUGAAGACGUCCGAGGCGCGGCAGAGGCUAACCCUGCCAUUGUCCGCCGAUUCAGCGAAGAAGGGGUCGAAGCCUGUUGCUCUUACUGAUGACAGUGCAACCCUCUCUAGUUAUGGCCUUGCUGACGGUGACGUGAUCGUAUUCAAGGACCUAGGCCCACAGAUCUCAUGGAGACUGGUGUUUUUCAUUGAGUACUUCGGUCCAAUGGUCAUUUUCCCCAUUCUCUACUAUGGACAGAAACACGUCUACGGCGCGGUUUCUCCAGGAGGUCAUCCUAGCUUCCAGGAAGCGCUCAGACACUUCGUGGCUGCCCCUACUGUUAGCGUGCGCGAAGCUCAACUGGUUGCCAGUGUGUGUUGGUUCCUGCACUUCCUCAAGCGUGAAUACGAAACUCUUUUCGUGCACCGCUUUUCGAACGGCACCAUGCCGAUCCGAAACCUCUUUAAGAACUGCGCAUACUACUGGGGCUUCGCUCUUUUGGUCGGCUACUUCGUUUGUCAUCCGCUGUACACACCCGCAGCUCAGCAGUGGCAGCGCAUUCUCGGCUUAGCCAUUUUCGCCGUAUGCGAGAUCAGCAACUACCGAUGCCAUGCGAUUCUGAGAGACCUUCGUCCGAAGGGCUCUCGGGUCCGCAAGGUUCCCCACGGCUUCGCUUUCGAGUUGGUCAGUUGCCCCAACUAUAUGUUCGAGAUCCUUUCAUGGUUCGGGUUCAAUAUGAUGACUCAAACUGUGAUGGGUAUUGCCUACAUGCUUGCCGGAGCCGGGCAGAUGUGGGUGUGGGCCCUCAAGAAGCAUCGUAACUAUCGUCGCGAGUUCGACGGUAAGGAUGGCCGGGAGUUGUACCCGAAGAACCGCAAGAUUCUCAUUCCGUAUCUGCUCUAAGAUAGCCAUCGGGUUUACGGUACUGACUUGUUAUUGAAGAGCUGGCCGCAAGAGACAC